GAAAAACAGCGACCGAGAGAAACAGCAGGCAGAAGCUUAUAAAUCGCUAUACGAUCAAACGAAAGCGUAUCUGAGUUUUGCCCAUUUGUAUUCGGGUACAGGAGCAGACGGAAGUAGUGGUUUAAGUGUUUUGAUGAACAAUCUUUUUCGCCAUUGGGCCCGGGCCGCGGUGUCGAAUGAAAAGGGUCCGGGUCUUGUUGUUAAUCUCCGCAUAUCAACUGCAAGUAUCGAUCUGGGUGGUCUGGAAGAUGAAUGCGAAUGUUCGUCAUGCUUGCUAGUGGUCUAAAAUGCACGCAGAGCAUAAACAUGUUUGCGGCGGCUUUCGUAUUUCUCGCCUGCGUUAGAAUGCCCUGGUCGAGAGACAAGAUGGAUCACGUAUCUUUUGCUGACUAGUAUGCAAGACAUAUUCAUAUUUUCCAAAACCAAAAGCACCAUAAGGACAAGAAUAAGUAGAAAUAUCUUCGACAGAUUUGCAGACUUCCAGACGACCAGGACAUAUUUGCAUUUGAUAACGCCUACCGGUUUACAAUUCAAUGGAGGACGCCCUAGCCGACGCCAUCAGUGAUUUUGCACAGCGGAUUAUCCUCUAUAAAAGCGAUCCCGCAUAAUUACUAGACCUCCUGUCACGCAAAUCUGCAUGCCUAAAAUGCUUCCACUCAUCAAGAAUGAUGAUUGUGCGCAGUCCCAUAGGGCGCAUUUUGUUAUUUUGAUUUUCUCAAUUUUUCCCUCUGGAUAUGAUUUGAAAUUUGUCAUGAUGUUCUGUAUGAUUGAGAUGAAGAUGGAUGCACUCGCUAAACAUCGGACUACAGAAGUGCGAGCCCCCGAGGCUCAUCGUCAUGCGCAACAGGAGCCAAUAAAACAAUUUACUGACUUGUGUAGCAGAUUCGACCCCAUGUUGUAGUUUGUUAGUGGUGUGGGCCUUGUUUUUUAACCGGAUACGGAUGUCUGUGUGGGGGCGCCGAGUCGAGAAAGAGCUGCUCGAAAACGAUACUUAUUUCGAUCGGGACUCGGGAGCGCGCAUCGAAGAAUUUUCUGUACCUAUCAGCGAGCAUGCCCGCGACGUCCUCUCGAGUAGAACCUCAAGGGACCACAGUGGCAAGAACGUCAGCAGUGGGCACGAGCUUCGCACCACGACAUCGACCGAUAGAACAGCGGUGGUGGAGAAACUUCGACAAUUGGGCGCCGACGACGAGGGGUCAUUCUCAUUUUGGCAAGAUUUCGGGUUUGCGCAAAUCAAGGAGCCUCCGGCUUCCAGGCGAUUUUUUGUCGCUCGACCUCCGACAGGCACGGCUUAUCAAGCUGGUGGAACUACCAGUAGUGCUGCAGCCUCUACUAGAGAUAGAAAUAGACGUGGUUCGACGUCUAGGAGGUCGAGGUCUAGCACUAGCACCUCCAGGCGGACGACGGAGGCUGAGGACAUACUCUCGAGCGCUACAUAUUCACCCUCAGUACAACUAGGGCCAGAGGGCGAGGAAUCUCCUGACGACCUGGCGGGCGAUGGUGCCGGGGAUCUUUCUGGCGACGCUGUGGAGAGCUUUCUGUGGCGGAGCCAUCUGCAAACUGCUGGAACAUCUGCUUUGCCGCUCACAGCCUUGCUGGCAGCCUUGCGCGGACACUUCCACUCUGCUAUGGAGGAUGGCACACAAGAGCAGGGUCGCGCACCUGAUCUCCAGAGUGGUGUAGUUGGCCGAGACGGUGGUGGUGCUCCCGAGCAGGACAACAAGGGCGGCCCUUUCUUUUAUCAUGAUGAAGAGCGAAAUAAAAAUGCCAAACAAAAAGAGCAGCAGGAGGAGUCCUACAACCGUGCUGGUCGUCGUGACCACCUAGACCUACGAGAAGUGGACUACACGAAGCGGUACCGUAUCUCUAUCUCAGUACACGAGCUCAACAACCAAACCGACGUCGACCAAGGGCCUCUACUCCCGGCCAGAGAAUUCUUUCGCUUCGACGUAGUUCCUGUUGCUCCUGUGGUGAAGACCGAUGCUGUAUCGCGAGGAAAAAUCGCCUCUCCUCAUAUUCAAUCUCAAAGCGGAGACUUAUUGUAUUGCUGAUUUGUGGCCACGACGCACCGCCUCUGUCUUGCAAGAGGGCAAUGCCAGGGGUGUCCGUCGCAUUGCGGGGUUGCCUCCUGAUGUUGUCUCGGACCUUCGUGAGAGCCGUCUGCCAUGCGAAGCAGCCAUUCGCAUGCGUCCCUUCUGCAGCAACUUCUCAGGAUUUUUACAAUCUGCCUGCGAUUUAUUUUCCCUACUUGUGCAGGACGAGUUACCAGAUAAUUUGUGUACACAAGAAAUCCGGUUCCGGCACCACAGAUUUCGUUUUGAAUUUGGGGAGGGGAGAUGUUUCGUUUUGAUAUGUCGAAACGGCUGCGGCCGGAGGGGACCAGGACGCGAUUGAAGAUCUUCGCGACGGCGAAUUCUUCCUAGCCACAGACAAGCGCUCUCGCUUUUUGCGCAGGUUCCUGCGCGAAAAUGGCCAGUGGUGGUACCUUCCGAAAGGUGGUCCGUUUGUCGCGGAAUACAUCAACCGCAAUUGCGUCAACUUCCACCUGAAUAGCUGGGACUCUAGCUACCUGACCGGCGAUGAGCCCUUCGCGCAGAGAAUGCGCACCGCGUACAGCUAUGGAACUGUCAGGAUCGAAAUUAACAAAAUCGAAAAAUUUGUGAUGCAUAAAAUGCAUGACGCGAAACACGUGCGAUGCAGAGCAGGCAAGUGAGGCCGAUUGUAAGCCUGUUUGGGGUUAUAGCUCGAGCUGCUAAAAAAGCAGCAUGAGAUUAUCAGUCUUCUUUGCCUAAACAGCAUUACAAACUGUAUUCAGGCACCACCAGAAUUUGUCAUGCGCCGCUUAGAAACUGGGUUCGAGCUGGAAUCUAUUUUAUGCAUGACAAAUCAUUUCGAUUUUGUCAAUUUCGAUUCUGACACUCCCAUAACAGCGCAGCCCUGGAGAGAAGGACGACAUCCUUGUUGAGCCUGAGCCCCCCAGGCGAUAUUAAAAGUGAUGUAGUGGUCCACCAAGAUGAAACGACUCUCAAUCUUCAAAGUGCAGCCGGCGCGAGCACCACUUCACAACAGGUCGGUGGGACGAAAGAGCAGGCUUUCGACGUCGAGCAGCAGCUGCUGCUACCGGAGCAGGCUGCAAACCUGCACUACUUUGAAAAACUGGCCGAGUACGUGCAAGAUCAGAACGGACCCCAGGAAGUGUUUCGCGAUCUGGACUGGGAGGCCUUUGUUGCCUCGCACCUGCACCCGCACGCGUUUACACAACUGAACUUGAUCAGCAGCUUGAUGGCGUUUGUGGCCUCCUACACAGUCGAGGCCCCUGAGAUAGAGAUAAGGCCCGCUGCGGGAGGAUCAUGGUCCUCAUCAUCAUCAUCAUCAUCAUCAUCCUCCUCGGGCAUAUUAUUUACAACUGCAAAUACGUCUGCGAUUGUGGAUCUGAAUGUGAAUAGUUCACAACCUGCACCUCAAAAAGUAGCAGGUGUAGCAGAACCGAGGACCACCACACCGAGUUCGUCCGCCUCUGCAGGCGAAAAAAUAGGUCCUUCAUCUCCAUCCAAAAACAAUACUAGGAACAAGAACAGUAACGAACAGGAAGUUCUUACCGCGGCGGAGCAGGGAGCUCUUGGUGGAGACACAGCGAGCAGUCCGUCCUCAUUCUCCCAAAGACCGACCCCUGCUGGCAAACCUGGGGGAAAAAAUCCGAAUUUAGAAGAGGAGCCUGCAAUAUUUGGGUUCGAAAAUGAAAAUAAUACUGGCCCGAUCAUCUCCGAAGGUGAAAAGGGAAAUAAGAACACGAACGCAAUUUCGGGGCGCCGCGGCCCUGUGCUGGAUGAAGUAUCUCGCUUCAACAUCACUGAAGAGGAAGACUGGUACCUCCGUGAACUGAAAGGCAAAAUCAGGAACAUAUCCAACGAAAAAACUGUUUCACUGUGAUGAUUUUGCAAGAACCGCAUCACAAGUUUGCUACACAUGACACAGAAAAUUUGCCAUGCGCGUUUCCCAAAAGAAAACACGCUUGAAAGUCCAAUGUCUUGCAGGUAUAGCAAGAGAGACACUUUGGUGCUUCAUUUUCUGCAUCACAAGUUCACAGUGAAGCAGUUUUUUCUUGCGAUAGAACACCACCAGAGAAUAUUGGAAGAAAGAUAUCCAAGACAUCCUCCACAGCCAAUUCCAGACACUUUCGGACAACAUUAUGGAGUAUCCAGGAAAAAACACCCAUGAUCCCCAUCCAAUUUGUCAUGCAAAACGUGCAUAAAUUCCUUUGUUUGUCAUGCAAAAAAUGGAUGGGGAUGGGUGUUUUUUUCUGGAUAUGGAGACGGUCCACUUUGCCCAGAUACCUAUCCCCGGAGGACUCUACACAGAUAGUGAGGAAGACUAUAUCACAAGAAAAAGUGUAGUUAAAAACCAACGUUAAACGGUUUUAUUCACAGACUCCAGUCAUGCAUCGCAUCAAAUGUAGCCCAAUUGCAUGCUAAUAUGCAAAACAAAUUUUCUUGUUUUUGGCACGUUUGGUGAUGCAUUGCUGCGUCACAAAUUCGGUUAACGUCAUAAGUAUAACACUUUUUCCUGCGAUAGACUACGACAAAUUGCGAGACUUUCUUGCCGCUGAUCUCGACUUCCUGGAGGGCAGCCCUUUUCAACUGUCAGACUACAGCCUUGUGUUUUCCCUUGUAUCAGAGGUGGAGGACGCACGUGCGUUGUUGCAAAAUGUGUCUUCUGAGCGGCAAGGUGGAGGAUUAAACUCUAAUCAAAGCGAGGAGACGACGAGUACGCUCUUCGAGUCCCUUCCCCCCGCCGCUGCGUUUCUGCGAGAAAAAUUCGAGCGCGAGUUUGAAGUGAACCUUUUCGCGGACGUAUAAGAGUGAGCAAGUCCCCCUCCCCCACAUUUGUAGGGCAUGAACAGCAAAGCUAUUACAAGCAUUGACAGGAGUGCAGAUUUUGCAUGCCAAAUUCACACAGGAAGAUCGCAGUUGUAGCGUUGGGCGGGCUCCUGCCAGAAUCUGUCAUGCAAAUAGAAAUAGCGAGAAGAAGCAAAGCAAAGACGGCUGCUGGAUUUGGCAUUUUGCAUGACAAAUGAAGGGGACGCCCUUAGCCUUCCAACGUGACAAAUGAGGGGGAGAGGAGUUCUUGUGCACUCUCAUAAGAGGACUCGAGUCUUCUCAAGAAGCAAAUUACCAGUGCACUGCAACAGCUGACAGAAACCACCGCACGUGCCCUCGCGAUAGCAGAUGAGGCUUUCCCUUCCUUGAAUCGCAAUCGACGCCUCAAAGCAUUUGAGAGGGUCAGGCAUGGCACCUCGCGCAUCCGGGUCCGAGCCGACCCCAGCACCUGUGCGCGGAGAAUACUAACGAAGCACAACCUGCUCGGCGGAGCGAGGGGCAAGGAGCAGGACCAGGAAGAGAAGACAAACUACACGAAGACGAACGCAAAAUCUUCAUCAAGUGCCUCGUCUUACCAGGGCAAAGCUGGUAACACAAAAUCAGGAAUGCGAAAGAAAACGCCGUACGAUAUUCCGGUGCACUUCUACUACCAAAAUGGAAAGCUGGGUCGUCGUCGUGAUGAAGAAGUAGAAGCUACAAAGGGCGGAAGCACUAGAAAGGCUGCGCCUCAACUAGCUGCAAGUGACGACGAGGAGGAGAUGCAAACUUUUAUAUCCAGGAAAAAACACCCAUCCCCAUCCAAUUUGUCAUGCAAAACAAGCAUAAAAUCCACUAUUUGUGAUGCAAAAAAUGGAUGGGGAUGGGUGUUUUUUCCUGGAUGUUUUACCAAGGUGUGCCUAACACUGGAGUUGGGUCUUUUGGACUUUGGUCUGCGCUUCGAGAAGAGCUCCCUCUCCCGGAUAGCAUCGGUGAACCUGAAGCAACACGGCAUUUUUGAGCGCACAUUCAGCGCAGAAGUGUGGGACCGGUUUCGCAAUUUUUGGUCCAGCGGUGGUGCUGAUGUUGAUCAUGGGGAAAAUACAAAUAGAACAUUCAAAUCCGUUAGAUGGCAUGCUAGCAAGUAUGAGACCAAACUCGCGGAGAAUAUGGACUCGAUACGGAACGAUUGGGAUUGGCGUGGCGUGACACACGACGUGGCGUCACUCAUGCGAAAAGGCUUCGCCCACACUGCGGAAAAGGGAUGGAAUGUUACCAAAAAAACCUUCCAAGGAAUAAAAAACUUGUUUUCAUCACCCGGACAAUGGUGGUCCGUCUCGAGCUCAGGAGGAUCUGCAUCUGCCUCUAGUACUGCCGACCGAGACGAGGAUAUGGAAGCGUCAGGUUGGAAAUAAUUGACAAAGUUGAAAGGAUUGGCGGCGAAGAUGCAUAAAACCGACGAGGCCCACUUGAUCCAUAACUUCUAUAGAGGCAUAAUGCCGCUCUUAGAAAUUAUGGUUCCAGUAGCGGCAUGAACGCCGCCAAUGCUUCACUUCUGGUGAUGAUGCCAUCAUCAGAAGUGAAGUCUUGGAGGCGUUGCUUGUGUUGCACGAUCAGAAGAGCAACAAGACUAGCAUUCCAGGCAAGCCGAGCCAUGUCAGGAUGUCAGGCUCAGGUCUUUCCAGACGCGGGCAGUCCGUCUCUCACUCUGUCUAAUAAAGCAAAAGCAAGUAGGGCUUUUGUCAUGCUUUUCCGCACCCCCAUUGCCCAUGAGCCUGGGCAGGCUUACAAUCUGCCUCGGUUGCCUCCAGUGCAACGCCGACACGACUUUGCGCACUGGUGCAUGUUAUGCAUGAUAAAAGGUUCACUUUCAACCUUGAGAUUUUUCAACCUGUCGCUGCCAUAGAGAAGGCCGAAGCUGAGGAGAGCGACGAGUCGUCAGGACCAGCAGGCUCGAAACAGCAGGGUCCUAUGGGUCGGGAGGAGGAAGUUCAAGUUAUGGUGGAUUGCAAAUAUGUCCUUGUCCUCUGGGUCUGCUGGAUUUACUGUGGUCAUGCAAAACGAAAACUUCUUCAAGCAUAAAAAGAUCUGUGAAGAUGCCUGACCCCGAGUCGUUUUCGCCUUUUUUGUGAUGUUCGAAGCCUGUGUGUCGUGCAAAAUUAUACCUAGUACGGUUACGGUUACCGUAAUAAGAUCCGAAAAACUUCUUUUCACGGUGCUUUCGUGUGCUGCAAAGGGCCGCUUUAUUGUCACGCAACAUGCAGCAUGGCAAAUCUUCGCGCGCUUUCAACGAACUUUAUUCAGACCCAGACAUGAGUCCUUAUUUCCAUUUGAUAGACGUAGAGCGGCAGCAGCAAACACUCUUCCACAAUCGAACAAACGGGAAGGCACCAGCCCCAGCCGCGGCCGACCUGAAACAGAAGAGAAAAGGCGGCGAUUUUUGGGCAUCAGAAACCAACUCCUGGAACACGAUAUUUACCCCGAUGGACUUGGCUUCGAGAGACAUCGAAGAUAUUCGGCUCCGGCAAGAAAUCGACGCGCACGUCACCGAUUGGGGCGCUUUCAGUGAGUUUCUUCGGUUCCCCGCUUCGCAGCAGAAGCAAGUGGGUGCCGCGAACACGAAAUUUUCCGAUCCCGGGUCGGUCGGUGUAGGAGAUCUGUUGCACAGUAAGGGUGUUGAUUAUACUUUCGUGUCCAACUAUCCCACGAAAAAACUGUUUCACUGUGAACUUGCGAUGCAUGGAAUGGAACACAAAAAUAUUUGUCUUGCUACACAUGCAAGACAUUGGAUUUUUAGGGCUGUUUUCCCUUGGGAAUCAAUUGCGCAUGGCAAAUUUUUUGUGCCAUGUGUAGCAAACUUGUGAUGCAAAUCUUGCAAAAUCAUCACAGUGAAGCAGUUUUUUCGUGCGAUACCAACACGGGAAAGUGGUCUUGGGACGGUUUCCCGUCGCGAAACUACGCGCUCACCGAUCGCCUCUAUCCAGACGCGCAGCCGCCCCUCGUCUACGCGAAUCGAAUGCGCACCUGGCUUCUUGACUUCGAUUCUGUAUUGAAACUAGACCCAUGGCGUGACGCGCUGAACAACGCGACUUCUACGCGAUAA